AUGAAGGCAGAUGAGUGGAAGUCAUGGGUGCUCGUAUACUCGCCAGUUCUGUUGAAAGAUGUUCUUGCAAAAGACAGAUUCAAAAACUGGAUUAACUUUGUUGAUGCAUGCCACCUGUUGAUCAAGCCAAUGAUCACGUUCGAUGAAGUCAACACUGCCCAUCAGUUUCUUCAAACUUUUUGCACCAGAUGUGACGAGCUGUACAAUGCCAAAAUCCUCACCUGUAAUAUGCACCUACACCUCCAUCUUCGAGAUACAAUUCGUGAUUUUGGACCAGUGUACAGUUAUUGGUUAUUUGGGUUCGAGCAGUUUAAUGGGUUGUUAAAAAAUUUAAAGACAAACAGGAAGAUUGGGUUUGAAGAAACAUUUAUGAAGAAAUUUAUUGAAGAUAUACACAAAGACGAUCUUGUCAACAGUUUCCUUCAGAGUACCCGCCAGACAUCUGCAUUUCCUCUCCUUACCAAACUCACUUCUUCCUUUACACCCACCACCAUUCCAUCCAUCCAUCAAUGUACCUUCCACAUACAGUCAUUUGUCGAGGCUUCUGAAGAUCCAAAUGUACUUGUAAAAGGCAACGAACCUCUCCCUCCUUCCGCAUUCCCUCUAUCAUUAAAAUCCGCUACCACAAUGAGUGACAUUCACUAUGUUCAUCUCUUACAAUACUACAAAGUUGCAUACAACAAUGAACAAUUAGUUCACUUUCAACAAGCAUCGGAAUCACCAUACUUUGUUGACAAUACAAUCACCCUGUUGAAAUACAUCAACAUCCUUGGGCAGAUCUACAAGGGUAAAGGUGAAUCUGGAAGUUGUGGCUCUCUUGUACAAGCAAAGUUCAUUGGAAGUACUGGUGAGCAUAUCAUCGCAUACAUGGGUCAAAUACAGUACAUUUUCACCCAUUCUUUCACUCCUCCACCUAUCUCUUCAUCCCUUACUCCCUUGCUCUGCACCCAUCGCUGCCCAACACAACUUCUUCACAAUUCUCAACAUACUUUUGCAUUUAUCAAAUGGUACACACCCAAAAAUGAUAAAUUGCAAGAGUACGAACACAUUGAAACCUGCUUUCCAACAUUUUCUCCUGACGAUUUUCAAUGUGUAUUGCCAGUGCAUAUAAUUAUGUUAGAAGUAGCAACUGCUGAGCACACAACACGCAGAAAAGUAAAAAAGAUGCUGGUCAUUCCUUUGCCAAAAAAACAAUACAUUUAA